AUGUCUCUCCCAUCUGCCACCCGUGCCCUGCAGCGCGUCUGCUUGCGCCAACCCUCAGUCACCCAAGCAUGCCGCCAACAACUCCGUCACCUCUCGUUGCGACCCUCGUCGGCAUUCCCGCCUCUCCUCCGCACCAAAACACAUCUCGUUCCCGCCUUUCAGUCACAACAACGACGAUGUGAAUCCACAGCGAGGCCAUUGACCGACCGUCCCGACCAACUACCCAAGGCCGAGCCCCGCGAAGAGGUGCCUUCAUAUGAGAUGACCUUCACCUGCAAGGCGUGCUCUACCCGCUCCGCGCACCGCAUGUCCAAGCAGGGCUACCACCACGGCACCAUCCUCAUCACAUGUCCCGGCUGCAAGAACAGACAUCUGAUUGCCGACCACCUAAAGAUCUUCUCCGACAAGCGUAUCACUCUGGAGGACAUUCUUGCUCAAAAAGGUCAGCUGCUCAAGAAGGGUGCUCUGGAUUCUGAGAGCGACAUGGAGUUCUGGGAUGACGGAACUCAGACCGAGCGUACCAAGAAGCCUUGA